CGCCUAUUAAACAACUAGCGUUCUUUUGUUUAUUGAAGUAGAAAACGAAAAUUAUUUAAUUGUAAAAUAAAAAAUUACACGUUGAUUAAUAAAUAAUCAUAAAAUUCAUAGUGAUCAUUAUUAUUUUCAACAAAAUGUUGAAUAACACAAUGGAUUAUGAGAAUAUGGAAGAUAUCUUACCGAACACAUCAAAUUAUUUUUCAUAUUGUAACCAGCGUGUGGAUAUAAAAACUCAUGACAGUAAUUUGAGAAAUAUUCAAACAGACAAUGAGAAUACAGUCAUGACAAAAGCAUCAAAACAAUUACAUUUUUCAAUAGAUGCCUUGCUAGAUGAUGACGAUAUUGAUGGCAAUGCUAAUGAUGAAAGUGGUGACAAUGAUGAUGAUAAUGCUAAUGAUGAUGAUGACGAUGAUGAUGGCGACGACAAUGAUGGGGAUAACGAAAAUAUCGACAAUGACAGUUGCAAUCAUUGUCGCAAUCUGGUUAAUUCUGACGAAAAUAACUUAGGGCUCAAAAAUUCUAUUCAUCCAGAAAUCGACGGUAAUAAUUGUAACAAUAGUAACAGCGAUAAUAAUAACAACCACCAUUUCAACAGAACCACCUCGUUAUUCAAUGAAACUAAAGUCAAUAGUAAAAAAUCGCAUGGGAAAUCUAAUCAUGAUAAUGGAAGUGAAGAAAAGUUUAUCAAUAAGCUUAAAAAACAUCAUGACGUUAAAUCAUCAAGAAUAAAUCAAAAUAAUAAAAUUUCUACAAGUUCACCAUCCUAUAAUUAUUCAAGCAAAGAUACUACUGACAACAAUAUAAAUAAUAGUAAUCAUAUUGAUAAUGAAAUAAAUCAUAAUCAAAUGUCUUAUUUCAAGAAGCAUAACUUUUUUAAUUCAUUACACGAAUUAUCAUUUAAUGAUUAUUUAACAUUUGGUAAUAGUGCAAUUGGAUCUCGACCUAUUCCACAAAAGUGUACAUUACGUAAGCAUAAACCAAAUCGUCGACCAAGAACUCCAUUUACAACUCAACAAUUAUUAGCAUUAGAAAGGAAAUUUCGUCAAAAGCAAUAUUUAUCUAUUGCAGAGAGAGCAGAAUUUUCAAAUAAACUAACUUUGACUGAAACACAAGUGAAAAUAUGGUUUCAAAACCGUCGAGCAAAAGCUAAACGUUUACAAGAGGUUGAAACCGGCAAAUAUCAUCUAUCACCAAAUGAAAAUUUAGAGACAGCUUUAAUUGCAACCAUGUCAUCAGCAAAUCAUGCAUCACAAUUAGGUACAACAAGUGGUAGUAAUAAUAAUAAUAAUGAUAAAAAUUAUACAGAUCCUGUGGAUAUGAUAGCUCAUGAUAUGACAUCAUUUCAUACUAUUCCAAUAUCACCACCACUUCCUAUAUCAUCAACACCGGUUAUUUCGUCUCCUUCAUUACCUCAGUCAAAAUUUCCUUUUCAUUCUGUGUCCACUUCUCGAAUUCCACUAUCUUCUAACACACCAAAUUCAUCACAUCAAUAUUUAUGCUCAUGUAUUUCUCCGAAUCACCAGUGUUCAUACAAAUCAACAGAACUGACUAGAGAUAAUAUUCUACAUCUUCCUACGACUAGUAUGCUUUCAUCUUUCUCAAAUCUAUCAUCACCAUUAUCCACAGACCAUUUGUAUACACAUAAUCAUCACCUUGACGUCAAUAAUAAUAAUAAUAAUAAUAAUAAUAAUAAUAAUGGCAAAGUACAUUCAAAUUAUGAUUGUGAACAAAUUUCAUUUAAUCCCAAUAAACCAAAGUUAUCAUCAAUUAAAAACUUUUCACAUGAUGACUUUCAACAUCAACUACAAAGUAUAGAAACAGUAAACUCUAAACAUUUUUCCACAACAAAUGUUGAUAAUAAUAAUAAUACGUCUCUUUUAUCCUUUACUAAAAGUCAUCCUAAUAAAAAUAUCCCUUCUAAUGAUAUGAUUACUACUAAUUGUAUUAAUAAGAACAAUAUGAAUGGUACAACACAUAAAACAUCAAAGCAUACAAUAUCUUAUUUUUCAAAUGGGCAACGAAUUGACAAUCAACAUGAUAAUCAUAGUAGACUUAUUAAGAAUGAUAGUAGCAAUAAUAAUAAUAAUAAUCAUGAUAAUAAUAAAGAUAAUUUAACGAAUAUGAAAUAUGAUUCUAUGCUUGAUUUUCAAUCAAUACUUAAUAAUCUUCAAUCCAAUUCAAAUGGGAUAAAUAAUUUGAAAACAGUUGAAACAUUGAAUGAUCCAUUGUCAUUGUUAUGUGCAGCUAAUCAUUACUAUCAACAAUAUAAUCAAAAUAAAGAAACAGACCAUAAUUAUUCAAUUGAUUUAAAUAAUAAUCACAAUCCAAGUAUGUUUAUAAAUCGUUAUAUAUUCAAUAAACCUUAACACAGAUUUUGUUUGAAAAUCAAUUAUAAAUAAAUCCCCGGUGACCGAUUAGUAUAAGACCACUUGGUACUUUAAUAGCUUUCUGGUAACAUCACUGACUGUAAUAGUGAGUUAUACAGGUAUAAAUCAUGUGCUUAUUGUCGAUGCUCUUAUGAUUGAAGAUAUGACUUGCAAACGGUUUGUCGAAUGUCACGAAUCCUGAAACUAUCUAUCUUUCUAUCUACUUAAUUAUUUGUAUACAUAUUAUAACACAAAACCGUUGUUACAACCCGCUAUGAACGCUACUGAUUCCAACAGGGUUGGUACAGUGUUGGAUUAUAUACCGAAAAACGAAUCCAAUUUGUAUCAGUCGAUAUUAACAAGCGAAUCAGCAGGGUCGAUUUCGUCCUCUCUUUCAUCACUGACAUCAUCAUUACCAGUUAUGUCAUCAACAUCAAUUUCUUGUUGUACUUCAACUUCCACUUCUUCAUCGUCGACCUUUCCAUCUAUACCAGGAGAUAAAGAGAAGUUGGCACAAGAUCUUGUCAAUAUGUUUUACUGUUCAACAUUCAAUUCAUUCGGCCAACAGCAAUCAAUCUCACCCCCUACAUCAUCCUCAUCAUUAAUGCAAACGUUUACUCCGCAGAAUUUGAAUGACUUCAAUUCUUUUUUAUUUAAACGGCUGUUUUCAGAUAAUGUUUUUAGUCAAACGAUGAAUUUGUCAAAUUCACUAUUGAAUUCAUCAACAUUUUCAAAAUUCGUCCCUUCUGCACUGCAAUUGUCUACAUUUAUGAAUUCUUUAGGUAAUUUUAAUUCAACUCAAUCAUUAAUCAAUUUAACAUCUACAUUGUUUCCACUGUCUACUAACCCAUCAGUAGUGUUUUCUUCACAAAAUGCUAACUCUUUUGAAAAUUCUGAUGCAAAUGUUUCAACAACUGGAUUAUCUUCAUAUAUUCCAUGUACAACAUCUUCAUUGAUGCUAACGGAAUUUCAGAAGGAUACUGUUGAACAACAUUUUAAACAAAAUACCAAUAGUAUUAACGAUAAUCACAAUAAUUAUAACAAUGAUACACUUAUUCCAAUCUGAAAAUUUUCUGCUACUGUAAUUUCUGACACUUAGCUUAUUUUCAGGAAUUAUGCAUAUAUAUAUAAACUUAUGUACAUAAAUGAUACGUGAACUGGAGGAAUUCUCCGGUAUUUUAGAGAUCUAUCUAAGCUAUUUUGCCCACUUUCUAUUUCUUUUCUCAUUACGAACAAUAAAAAGGAGUUAUACAAAUUGUUGAAUUUGGUUGCUGACUAACGUUAAUGAAUGAGCAAUACGACACAAAGUUUAUAAAAUUAUGAAAUUCUGUAUGUAAAUAUAUAUUUAAGUAUUGCAAGGCGGAAAAAGAUAGAUAUGUAUAAAGUAACUAUAUAGAAGUAAUCAGUUGUGUGUUGUUGCUGAAUAAUUCGCAAAUGAAUAUUACUUUUAAAUGAAUUGAUAUCCCUUCACUUUCAUUUACCCCUUUCCUUAUACGUUUGGACACAUUUUAGAUCAACUACUAAAUUGAGUAGUAUGAUUUAGUUUUUUUAUAUACUAGUAUUUUUAUGCUAACUUUAGAUUGGAACGUUUCCUAGGCAUCUUCAUCUUCAUGGUCAUAUAACAAUGUGAUUAGUUCGGACGGUUUUUUAUGCAUUUUCUAUUCUCUGUAUGAUGUAACAUAUAUUGCAUAACAUCCAUUAAUCAGCAUGUCAGUAAACCAAUAUAUGUGUAUAAUUACAAAGAACACAAGCUGAUGACAUUUAUUUCAAUCCCUAUCUUGACUACAUGUGUUAUAAACAAAAGUUCUUUCUUCAUCAUGAGUUUUUUAAAACUUCAAUAAUCAUUAAACCGAAUGUCAGCUAUACUGGUUCGUUGUUGUUAUAUUUUGUAAUAACUUAUGAUGAUUCCGAAUUCCGGACGAUUGUGGGGAUUCUUCUUAUACAAACGAGGUAUAUGCCAACUAAGCUGACGAGAUUGUUGAUACACAACACUUCAACGAUCCCAGUAAAAAGCUUACCAUUCAAGAAGUCAAAAUUGUAUUAGAAUAACUCUGUUUGUUUAGUAAUGAAUAUACCCUUGGGACACAGGAAAAUAGCAAACUGGAAACUAGGACAACCAAUCAGAUAACAGCAAAGGUUGGUGGGAAAAUAUGAAUUGGA